UAUGCCAGUCUGGUCACUCUUUAAGGUCAAUAGAAAGAUGAGGCGAGUGAUGACAGGCCGUGGCGCGCUGCGCCCUUCUCCGCGCUUGUCGUCUCCCGUAGCCGCGGUUCUUAAUCUAGCGUCAUCAGUAUGCCUUCCGCGGUGCUCAUCGUUAGCCGUCACAGUCAAAAGUCAUUCGCAACCUUGGUUUCAGCACAAUUGCCACAUCUCAUUGGGUAUCUUGAGCUUAUAGCACAAACGUUCGACCUGCAUCCAUGCGGUGAAGUGCAUGAAUGCAGGCCCGUGGCGCUGGUGUUCGCGUGCCGUGGCCUGGGCAAGCCUGUUGCCUGCUUUGCCUCCUCGCUGGUGAGCAUCGAGCCUUCCUGCGCGAUUAACACACUGAGGCUGAAUCUGCAAGCCAAGCUGAGGCCUUUCGCAGCAGGGCGUUGGCCCUCGCAGCAAGGUGCUGUAGGGCUAUGGGUACAUAGGUUGCCUUGUUUCAAUCGUUUGGCUGUCUCUCCCCGAUUCUUCUUCCUCCCUUCUCCCACAAACUCGCACCUGCCACGCACAUAUCUUUCUGGUCUACUUCCAAACUCCUUUCGCAUCAUUCUUGUUUCUCUUUUGUCUCGCCACACUGAUGGACGCGACCUACUACACCGGUUACGAUAACGGUUACGAUAACGGUUACGACUACUCGUGCCGCAAUGGAGGCCCCGGUAACAGCAUGACCGAUACAGCCUACAGCAAUGCUUUCGCAAAAGAAGAGCUUGUCAUUUGCCAUGUCUCGCGGGCCAUCGCAGAUCUCAGCUCACUCGUCUGCGUCGUCCAGUCAGCAACAUGUCGGUUACCCGCCUUACGCAUCACAAGGCACCGGUCGUCACAAUGGCUUUGGCACUGAGAGCAUUCCUAUGUUACGCUCUGCCUCCGAUAAAUCGGCCUUUCA